AUUCCUGUGUUUGUUCGUGGAAAGAGUGGAGAAGGUCACGAAUAAACCGAUUUUUCUGCGAAGAUGGUACUAGGUGGAUUAUUGAAAGGAUUUGGUAGAUAUCCUGCCGGAUACAAUGAAAGAGUUCAUGGUCCAUACGAUCCAUCUGUAUAUUACGGCAAAAAAGACAUCCCAUUAAGUGAAGUAAAAAUUGGUGAAUUAGGUUCAUGGCUGGCUAGAAGAAACAAGUCUCCUUCAGCUAUGAUUGGUGCUAUGAGCAGAGGUGAGUUUAACAGUAAAUGAGUUGAAGUAUUACUU